AAAAGACUUUUUCAAUCGCUCAACAACAUUAAUAAAAUGGCAACUGAAGUAGCAUUAUCCGCCUCCAACACAGACAACACGAUAUAUGUUUGGGAUAUUCGUUCCGGCUCUAGUUUAUUUUCAUUCAAGCAGAGCAUGUCACCCAAGGGUGGCCUUACUAUGGUCGCCAAACCUGGAGCUAGUUUCCAAGUUGGCUCCAUCGUAACUGCACAAACCGAUCGCGCCAAUUUAAACGUUUACCAAUGGCAAAGAGAUCAAGUCUUGCACAAAAUGAACACAGCAGAGAAAAUGGUCAGUGUCGCUUCCUCUCACCAAGGUCAAUAUUUAGCUGCCGCCACUGUCAGUGGUAAAGUCUAUCUUUGGCACAUUCCCACAGGUCAUUUGAUGCGUGUCUUUGAGGCCCAUUAUCGCCGUAUCACCCGUCUCGCCUUCAGUAACGAUGAUUCAACCUUAUUAACCGCAAGUGAGGAUGCUGCUGUCAAUGUAUGGCUUCUUGCUCAUUUAAUAAAUCCCGUCAGCGCAGAAGGCUAUGAGGAUAUCACAGCUCGUCCCGCCCCAUUAUAUUCAUGGUCAGACCAUACAUUACCCGUAUCUGAUAUAUUUAUUGGCAAUGGUACAUUAUCUGGUGCUCGUGUCUGUACCGCCAGUUUGGAUCAUACAGUCAAGCUCUGGGAUCUUGCAACAGGUCAGCUUUUAACCACAUUUUUAUUCCCCAAGGCUGUUUCCAGCGUCAUUAUGGAUCCUUCCGAAACCACAAUUUUCGCAGCUUGUGAAGAUAAAAUUUAUUCUGUAGAUUUAUACAAGAGUCGCCAGGAUCAAUCUUACAAGAUCAACACUACAGAAAGUUUAGGUGGUAUGAGCAGAGUAGAAUCCGUCGGUAUCAAAUCAUCUACACCUUCUUCAUUAGGAAGUAAACAACCUACACUUGGACACGUCUUCACUGGACAUACAGGCGCAAUCAAUACCUUAACUUUAUCCUUUGACGGCACAAUUCUUAUUUCAGGAGCAGAGGAUGGUAAUUGUAUUGUCUGGGAUGUCUUAAGUAGACAGCCUCUUCGUAAAUUCGAAUCACAUAAAGGUCCUGUCAGUCACGUUGCGUGUUUCCUGAGACCCAUCGAAUUACAUCCUGACGCUGCCACUCAAACCAUCACACCCAUGCCAUGGAAACAAUUAAAGCGUGCAAUGCCUACAUCAGAAGAAGAGCAUCGUGAUGCUACUUUACAAGUCAUUCAAAACACCACCAUGGAUUUAGCAGCUCAUCAACAAUUAGUCGAGUCAGGUCCACUUUAUUCUUCGAUCCCGACCGAAUUAGAACCUGUUAAAAUAGCCGGGGAUACCAUCAGAGAUAUGAAGGUAAAACAACUGAAAAAAAAAGGUACAGGAGCUUAAGCAGUCAUUAACACUUUGAAAAAAAGACGGAUGAUUCUACAUCUGCUUUACAAAAUCAAGUAAACGCUCUUCAAGCCGAAUUAAUGCGUUUAAAUGCACAUUACAGCAAGACAAAAUCUUUGCAGAAUGAAAUGUACACCAUUGUUGUAGAUAAAUUCAUGGAAGAAAGACGUAGUAAGAGAAAAUUAGAGGAGGAGGAUGAAGAGGAGGAGGAGGAAGAAGAGUCAGAUCAAGAAUAAAUAAAGUGUACAAAAACUAAUUUCCAAAUAAUAAUAACAAUAAAAAAAAAGGAUGUAUUUGUUUA